CUUUGUGUACUCAUGUACCUCCCACACCCGCUUUUUUAAGGCGCAAUCAUACACUCUUUUUCUCCCACUCUCGUUGCUAAGCAACCUACACAUAUUCCUACUCUACAUUGAAGAAGAGGAGCAGUGCUAUGUGAUUGGGCUUUUGAAAAGUUGAUGCUCGACUCUCUCGAAACUCUGGCACUCGAGAUUACUUUUUAAUCAGGGAUGGUUCCGCUGUAUUCACUCUUUUUGCCGCAUGAAAAUAUGACUGAUUCUUCCCUUUGUUACAACUGAAGAUCAAUCAACUGCACUGCUUAAAGCUGGUAAAGUUUUUGAGUUUGUUGGAUUGGGAAAACCAAUGACUUUUUCUAUCAUCAAUUCAUCUGCUUUCCUGCAAGAAGUCCAACACCCAUUCAUUCACAACCAUUUAUUCAAGCUCUUAAACAAUUAUCUUAUUUUAACAACGAAUCAUGGAUACAACUCAAACCCUCCAUGUCUUUGAUUCUAUCUCCAACGAUAUUUCGAUCUCCGGCCAACAUUCAAAAGCCCAAAACACACAGCACUUCUCUUCUUCACGACAGACAACUCCAAACCUUUCAAUCUUUCCAAACCUACCAAAUCUUCUGCUUCCCAAUUCAUCUCAAUGUCUUCACGGAAGAAUAAUUUUUGUUCAACCCUCUAACCAAAGUGUCAUGUGUCCGAGGGUGCCCCAUAUCGUAUUUGCGUCUGUCCUUAGUAAUAAUGGUACUUCGUAUAAUUAGUAGUUAAUUCUCAGUGUAACCGGUGGCUAUGAUGUGACCACCUGGAGCGUUGCUAGCUGCUAGAUAUUAGGUUAGAAGAGGGUUUCUAUAUUAGCAGAAGGUCUGUAAUUGAAACAUUAAGCAAAUUAUUAAUCAAAUUAGAACUGUGUUCUUCUUAGGAUGUGUUCUUUGAACUCAGAGGCUUGAUUCUCACGAAUCAAGAGAGGUUUAUCCUCAAUUUAUCAUUCCAAUCCUGUCAUUGUACUUGGGUACAUGACAAUUGGUAUCUAGAGCCGUUUUUUCCUGAGAAAUCAUGGUUGAUGAGAUAAAUUUACAGGAGGAAAUAUAUGAAGGGGAAAUUGGUACCCAUAGUGAAGUUGGAACGACUAGCAACGGAGGAUUUAGACACUUGUCGAUGGUGGUAUCGGUUUUACAUGGAAAAGAGUAUAUCUCCAGAUCGAGAGAAAUCCAUUCGGAAGUGGUCAAAAUUGAUGAAUAAGACAUUGAAGAAGUUGACAUCAAUCAUGUUUAUUAGGUAUACUUCUUCAGCUCAUCAUCCUCCUUGCAGAGUGAAAGUCGCUGCAUCAGCUGUUGAUGAAUUUUCAGAAUUGAUUCCCACUUUUUUCUUUGAAGAAGUUUCAACUGUGGUUAACUCAAUUCCUUCAGCUAUCGACGAAGAAGAGGAUUCUCUCAAUUCAGGGUAGAUUCCUUCAAUUUUCCUUGAUGGAAAGAAUGAUUUGUCUGUUGAUCAGAGUUUUCUGUUUGAUAACAUGGCGAAAUCUGAUGUUUUCGAAGGAAAUAGGUUAAGUGAAUUCCAAAUUUGGGAAGUACGGUAGCUAAGAAACAAUGGCCUGACUGAACUAAUUGUGAGAAAUGGCGUCCAAAUUUUUUCUGAGGCCUAUGAAAAUGUUCACUGUUUGACCAAGUUACUCUUUCUCUACAACAAAUUUCUAGGAAUGGCUUGUUUUCACUUCCAACUUGAUGCUUCUCGCUUGUUAUUCGAUCGGGAUUCCGAAUUCCCUGGGUCUUAGAAUUCUCCAUGUUGCUGAAAUUGGUGGUGCAUGGAAUUUGGUUGCUGCGUUUUCAGAGGGAAAUAUAUUUUUGUUUCUUUUAUUGGUUAGAGUGGUGAGCUUUAACAUGGCACCUAAAUGGUUUGCUCAAGUGCUGAGUAUGAUGGGAGAAGAAAUUUUUUUCUUACAGCUCAAAUAUGGGUUGCUUCAGCUGAAGUAUGUUUUGCCUGAUGCAAUUUUUGGUUGUCAGUUUGAGUCCUUGGUUGUUGAUUUUAUUCGAUUCCUUAAAGAAAUAUUUAACCCAGCAUAUACUUCAUCUAUCCUAUAUCAUGAGGUGCACCAGUCCAGGGUUAUCAUUGACCGACAAGACAACAAUGUGCACCAUAUUCUUUUGAAAAAGUUUCGCAAAUUUUCAGUGCUUAUAUUCUCAGUUCACACAUAUGUUAGCACUCGUCUAUAUCAUGCAAGAAUUGAUAUUUUUCAGCAAUCUCCAUUACUUACUUCUGAAACAUUUUGGAGGUUUCUGAUUCAAGAGGGAGUUAUAAUGACAGUUGGGCGUUUAAAGUGGAGUUAUAUCCAUACUUUUUGUACUGUUGGGUAUUUUCAGAAUCAAGUUACCUAUAUACUGAUGUGGGUGUCCUUUUUGAGAUGGAAAUACAAAUUGUACUUUACGGGCUUAUGGAGUGCACUGAAUGUUAGUGAGAGACAUUGUAAGAUGUUUGUGGGAGUUUACUUCUCUCUUGCCAGGCUUGUGAGCUCAUAUUGUACCUCAGCUGGCAAUGUUUUCUUACAAAAGCUUAAAGUUGAAGGUGUCCAGGUAUUUCUGAACUCUAUCGUAAGCACUGGCCCCUUCUACCUGCACUAUGCUCACUAUGAACUAUAUGGGUGUAUUCACCUGUGGAUUUCGAAGGGUGGUAAUUGUUUUUCUCUCUACUUUGUUUACAAUUGUUACUUUUUGAUCAUGGUAAGGGGUUUGAUCGAUCUCUUCUGGAUUCUUACAAUGGGACAUCUGUGUAUGAGUUUGUUUUCGAACGCGGGUACCAACGGGAGUUGGUGUUGGCAGCCUUGAUCAUGUUUAUAAUUAUGCUAUGGUUUAUUGAAGCUGAGAACAGUAGUAAUAGUGGUUUCUACUUGCUUGUGCUUUGGUAUCCAUAUGAAGUAUGUGGAAGACUGGCGACUCACGAGAGAAUUAUAUUGCAAGUUAUGCAGUCCCUUUGUAGUUCUUUGCAAGCAUUUUGCCCUACCUGGUAUUUUACUCGUUGCUGCAAGGACAUACCAGCUGUAUCCAACUUGGAUUCGAGUGAAUAUUACCCUGGUAUAUGGAAGUUUUUGUCAAAUGGUGAUUCUCAUAUCAAUGAGGUACUGGUAUUCACGCAUGUGAUGAGGAGAGUUGCUGAGAUUCUCGAGCACUUGCAGUUUAAUGGUUAGCUUACAGUCAAGGGUUACAUACGUAGUGAACUUUUGGGAGGUAGAAUAAUGGUGGGGAACUUCGCUUAUAUCGUUGUAUCUGAAGUCAAGACUGUGUUUGCAACUGUGCUGGAGCUCAAGAAUCUUCCACCAAGGGUAGACAACACCGUACAAGUUCAGAGUGGAGCUUACGAAAAUUUCACAGAAGAGGAUCUCAGGGAAAUUCCAAUUUUCUUAGUGUCAGGUACACUUCGCAAUGAGGAUUCUGCCAUGAUUGUUUUUUGUCCUUGUGUUAUGCGCGACUUAUAUCCUGGUGCUACUAUAAACUUUUUUCUGUGGUGUAUCCACCACCAAAAGGGUUGUAUCCAGUUAGAGACUUCUGAAGGGUUAAUGAACAUUCAGUUCGGACUCGCGGUGUUUCAAGAUCCUACUGUGCUAAUGUUCGUGGUAUCCUUGAUGUGGGUUUUAUUGAGGAUAUACUUGAUAACAAAAGGUGAUACUAAUCUCACCUGUGUACUGAAGAUCUGUAUCCCAGUUCAAGGGUUGCUGCUAUGUAUACAUAUCAAGCUGGGAGUUGUGCAACUUUAGUCAUUCUACCUUGCAGUUAAGUGGUCCGUGAGUUCCGGGUCAGAAUUGGAUUUAUGGUCAGAGGAACACAAGUUCAGUACACAUUGAAGUAGAGACUUCCAAGUUUCUCAUAGUAUUCAACUAUGUGCUACAUUUUUCCCUGGUAUACGAAGUCAUGAAGAUAAGGGGUAAUGAGCACUCAAGAGUUCACUCCACUGGUUCGUUUUCAGGGAGUAAUUACAACUUGGAGAUUCACAGGGAGUCGAAAAAGAGGGCAGUGGACGGCUGUGCUUGAUGUGAAGGUGUUUAUGGGCCUCACAUGGGUUUUCACUUUUCAGUGGCAUUGUAGGUUCGGGUCUUCUGAUGGAAUUUCUGAUGCAUGCCUCUCCAACUUUCAUAGUAAUUCACCCUACUCUCAUCCUUGAGGACAAGGAUGUUUCCGAGGGAAGUGGAAUGUCAUGUGUCCGAGGGUGCCCCAUAUCAUAUUUGCGUCUGUCCUUAGUAAUAAUGGUACUUCGUAUAAUUAGUAGUUAAUUCUCAGUGUAAACGGUGGCUAUGAUGUGACCACCUGGAGCGUUGCUAGCUGUUAGAUAUUAGGUUAGAAGAGGGUUGCUAUAUUAGCAGAAGGUCUGUAAUUGAAACAUUAAGCAAAUUAUUAAUCAAAUUAGAAUUGUGUUCUUCUUA